CUGAAAGUGAAGAUUGUCAUAAAAUAUGGUGGUACCUCACUUUCCACCGCCAAACAGAUCAAAGACAUAGCCGGGUUUGUGUCAGACAAUUCAAAGAAGAAUGAUCUGGUGGUGGUGUGCUCUGCGAUAAAAGGGACCACCGACCGCCUGAUCGAGAUAUCGGCACAGGUCAACCGGGGCAACAGAGCUUGCGCAAAGCAGACGGUUACGCAGCUCAUCCGUACCCACAGAAGGCUUGCAAGACAAACCAUCACAGACCUUCAAAACAGGAACAGUCUGCUGGACUCGCUGAAGGACGACUUUGUCGAGCUUACCGAGCUGGUCGACGGCAUAGUGCUGCUAGGCGAGAUCACGCCGCGCUCCAAGGAUUAUCUUCUCUCGUUUGGCGAGAGGCUCUCAAUAAAGAUAGUUGCCCAUGCAAUAGCCGAUCGGGGAACACGGUCACAGUCCAUCACCGGCAGCGAUGCGGGGAUCGUUACCGAUUCGAAUUUUGGGGAGUCAAAGCCCCUGAUGGAUACCACCACACUGCGGGUCUCAAAGACGAUCGGUAAGAUACUGGCCGGAGGAAUGAUACCGGUGAUAGGUGGGUUUGCCGGGGCAGACCAACAUGGCCACAUCACCACGUUUGGCCGCGGCGGCUCGGACUACACGGCCACCAUAAUAGGGGUGUGCAUGCAAGCAGAUGAGAUAUGGCUGAUGACCGAUGUGGACGGAUUGAUGACUGCGGAUCCCAGCAUCGUAAAAGAUGCCAUACUACUCCGGGAGGUUUCAUACGUAGAGGCGACGGAGAUGGCGCUGUUUGGGGCAAAGCAGAUCCACCCCCGUACGUUUGAGCCGCUGCUGACAAAAAAGAUACUCAUGCGGGUGCGCAGUACCAGCAAUACGUCAAACCCCGGAACGCUGAUAACACCCUCCCCGAGCACGUGGGAAGAGAAGACGAUCAAGUGCGUCAGCGUGAGGCGGCACAACGGGCUUGUCGACAUCCGGAGCGGCAAUAUGGUGGGCGCCCGGGGCACCGCGGCCAAGAUCUUCUCCACCCUGGCAAAGGCCGGCGUCAACAUCACGAUGAUCUCCCAGAGCCCAUCGGAGUCCAGCAUAUCCGUAGUGGUAAAUAGUACCGAUCUGGACGGGGCGAUAAACGCGCUCGAGACUGAGCUGCUGGGCGGGAUAAUCAAAAGGCUGGAAGUCACCGUAGAUGUUGCGGUUGUUGCCCUGAUAGGCUCCGGCAUGAGGGGCACCGUGGGCAUCGCCGCGAAGGUGUUUGGGGCGGUUGCCAGGCACAACAUAAACGUGGCAAUGAUCGCUCAGGGUUCGUCGGAGCUGGAUCUGGCCUUUGUGGUAAAGGACGAGGAUGCCGAGUCCGCCGUAAUGGCCCUUCAUGAGGAGUGCGAGCUCUCCUCGAUCAACCAGCGUUUCGGAGUGUAG